AUGGAGGCCGCCAGAUUUGCCGUGAAGUCCGCUCCCCUCCAUUUUCGCGGACUGCAGUACCUGCUGCUGGACCACUGGCCAAUGAGUGGUGCUCCCACCAGUCACCAAUACUUUCCGCUGUCACCAUGGGCACAAGCCGAUCUUCAAUGGUGGUGCACCUCGAGCCAGAUAACAUUCACGAGUGCUAUCCGUGUACCCCCUGUGUCGUUGACCUAUGCAACAGAUGCAUCACUUCUGGGGUGGGGUGCAGUAUGUGGCUCACACCAGUUAGGCGGCCGAUGGCACCCAGACGAGUCCACACACCACAUCAAUUGGUUGGAACUGAGAUCGGUGCAGCUGGGACUGCAAACGUUCGCAUCGACGGCUCACCAGAUAUCCAUUCGCCUGGAGGUCGACAACGUUCCGACUGUUGCAUUCCUGAACCGGAAGGGCGGAACACGAUCACAGCCACUAUGUCAGCUCGCCCAAGAGAUUUGGCAGUGGGCAAUCGACAGAAACCUGGAGCUCAUCGCAGUUCAUGUCCCCGGGAAGGAGAAUGUGGAUGCGGACUUUCAGUCGCGUCACUUCCAACGCUCAACGUCGGAUUGGAUGUUGGACCCGGAGCUCUUCCAGGAACUGAACCGCUGUCUGGGACCAUGCCAAGUCGAUCUUUUUGCCGCCAGACACAACUGCCAACUGCCGACGUAUUGCAGCUGGGAUCGGGAUCCGUGGGCGACAGGGAUCGAUGCGUUCUCCAUGCCCCACCUAUGGGAGAACGGCUAUGCGUUUCCACCGUUUCGUCUCGUGGGCAGAUGUCUGCAGAUGGCGCGGACACAGCAGCUGCAUCGUCUGGUCCUCGUUGCCCCGGCAUGGCCGAAUCAGCCUUGGUAUCCCGUGCUUCUGUCAAUGCUGGUGGACUACCCGGUACAACUGCUCAGUCCGACAGUGGUGCAGGGGCCAGACAACGAACAGCACCCGCUUCGUCACAGGCUUCAGCUGACCGCAUGGGUCAUCUCCGGCAGCAACUCCAAGAGCGUGGCUUUUCAGCGCACGCUGCCUGGCUGUGGUGUCAGGCAUGGAGGUCUUCCACAAAUCGGUCGUAUGACAGUGCCUGGCGAAAGUGGCACAGCUGGUGUGGUCAACGGGCGGUUGAUCCAUUUCACGCGUCUCUGCCGAUGA